CAUCAACAAUAUUACUACCAUGGCUACAAUUUAUAUGAUAACAUUACGUGUACAUUGAUCGGGGAAAACCGUAUGCGUAUACCAUACUAAAUAAACCUCGGUAUCUAGGUCAUUAAGUCAUGAUACACAAUACAUUUUAUAACAGUAUGUAUAUGCAUAUUAUACUCGUGCUUGGAAAAGCCCGUCCGCAGACUCCCUUUAUAAGACAGCGCACGUCCGACGAACGAUCAUAGUCGUAAACCGAAGAUUUCCAACAGACUUCCAACAUUCGCUGAACUCGCCUUGUGAAAAAAACACUACACACUCACUCGCCAACAUGAAUUAUCUGUCAAUUGUAUUGGUUAUUGCAUUGGUCGGUUACUCACUGGGUGCACCACAACACGCUCGAUAUGAAUUAGAAGAAGAAUCCGAACAGAUCAACCCAGAACCUCGACAUGAUAGCAACGAAAGAAAUGGUAACACCCAAAGACAAGUUGCAGGCACAAAAGGCGGUAGAAUUCAAGGUUAUGGUAACACCCAAAGACAAGUUGCAGGCACUAAAGGGGGUAGAAUUCGAAGUUAUGGUAACAGCCAAGGACAAGUUGCAGGCACAAAAGGUGGUAGAAUUCAAGGUUAUGGUAACAGCCAAGGACAAGUUGCAGGCACUAAAGGUGGUAGAAUUCAAGGUCAUGAUAACAAUCAAGGACAGGGUGAAUACCGACAAAUGGAACAUAGUGGAUACCAUGCACCAGAACAACAAUAUGGCAAUAAUCCAGGAUGCGAUGAGUGUUUAGAACAAUAUCGCUACUAAAACUUCAAUCACAACGUAAAUGCCAUCCGAAUCCCGUAUAUAUCACUAUUUUCUUGGACGUAUUAUAACAGAGUUGUCAAAUAGUAAUAUUAGUUAUUUCAUUAUUAGGUACCUAUUUAUACCUAAAUUGUAAAUUUAUUUAUAAUACUGUAGGUACGUUGUUAUAUAAGAUUUCGAACUGUAAAGAUUAUAACUCAAUAUUGUCUAUAUAUUUUUGAUUCGUUGGUGUAAUAUACUAAUAUCCAGUUGUUAUAUAC